AUGGAAAGUUUCAAAUAUAUUGCUCUAACUAUUAUCUACUAUACAUUAGCACAAUCCCAAGAAAUUGAAUAUUAUGCAUCAAAAUCAAUUGUAAAUAAUUUAAAGGAGAAAUUAGAACGUUCUACUAGUUUUAAUCAACAUAAAUUGCCAAACAACAGAUUCGAUAAAUCUAAUCGUGGAAAGUAUUUACAAAAUCGGAAUAUAUCCAUAAGGCGUUAUUACCCUGAAUUAAAAAAUAAACUGAAUACAGAAGAUAGAAUAAAAAGAGCUACAGACCCUGUAUUUUAUGGACAUCCGAAGACUAUUGAAGAAAUGUGGCAUGAAAAUUUUAUUAAAAAGAACAAUGCCUUUGACCAGACACCGUCUCUUAUAACUCUCAUCCAUAAUAUUACUGUGACUUAUCUGAACGACUGUACACCGGUUUUAUUAUAUGAUAACAAAGUGAGAUCGCAAGACAGUUACCUGUUUCAAGAUCUUCUUAAAGAUUUUCCAGUUACUUAUGUACAUGGUUAUAUAAAUGACAACAAUCAGUUAAAAGAACCAAAUCUUCUGUUGAAUGUAAAGGAGUGUCUUCAUUUUAUUUUAUUUUUAACUGAUGUUACAUUAGCUGCAAAAAUUUUGGGUAAACGAUCAGAAAACAAAAUACUCGUUGUGGCGAGGUCCUCUCAAUGGGCAGUUCAAGAGUUUCUUUCCAAUGCAUUAUCAAGGAUGUUUAUAAAUUUGCUUGUCAUCGGUCAAAGUUUUAAAGAUGAUGAAGACGAAACUAGAGAAGCACCGUACAUAUUAUAUACUCAUGAGUUAUAUAUUGAUGGAUUGGGUGCAAGUAAACCGGUAGUUCUUAAUUCAUGGACACAUGGAAAAUUUUCAAGGCACGUCAAUCUAUUUCCUAAAAAAAUGAUGAAAGGUUAUGCCGGGCAUAGAUUUCUUGUUGCAGCUGCUAAUCAACCCCCUUACGUGUUUAGAAGGAUAAAAACAGAUGUAGAUGGUGGAAAUCCUCGAGUGGUAUGGGAUGGAAUAGAAAUUAGAGUCCUGAAUUUGUUAGCAGAGAAAAAUAAUUUCUCCAUUGAAAUAGUAGAACCCCGAGAGCCACAUUUAGGUCCAGGAGAUGCUGUAUCUAGAGAGAUAACGAUGAGUCGCGCCGAUAUUGCAUUAGGUGGAAUGUAUUUGACAUACGAAAGGACUCGCGACAUGGAUAUGGCAUUCAGUCAUUCACAUGACUGCGCUGCUUUUAUCACUUUGAUGUCUACUGCUUUACCAAGAUAUCGCGCAAUUCUAGGCCCGUUUCAUUGGCACGUAUGGGUGGCUCUUACCUUUACAUACCUAAUUGGCAUUUUUCCACUAGCAUUUUCUGAUAAACAUACACUCCGUCAUUUAGUCCACAAUAGUGGAGAAGUUGAGAAUAUGUUUUGGUACGUCUUUGGUACUUUUACGAAUUGUUUCACAUUUGUCGGGAAGAAUUCAUGGAGCAAAACGACAAAAGUUACAACCAGGCUGUUAAUAGGAUGGUACUGGAUUUUCACAAUUAUUAUCACAAGCUGUUAUACGGGAUGCAUAAUAGCAUUUGUGACAUUACCUGUAUUUCCUGAAACAAUUGAUACAAUUGAUCAACUACUGUCAGGAUUUUAUCGAGUUGGUACAUUAGAUCGUGGAGGUUGGGAGAAAUGGUUUUCUAAUUCAUCGGAUCCGAAAACGAAUAAGCUCUUCAGGAAAAUAGAACUUGUACCUAAUGUUGAAUCAGGUAUUAGGAACACAACAAAGGCCUUCUUUUGGCCAUAUGCUUUUUUGGGGUCUCGGGCUCAACUAGAGUAUAUUGUACAAGCAAAUUUUACGAAAACUUCCUCAAAAAGGAGUGUUCUUCACAUAUCUAAUGAAUGCUUUGUACCUUUUGGAGUCUCUAUAGGUUUUCCAAAUAAUUCUUUGUAUUCACAAAAAUUUAAUGACGGUUUAAGAAGAAUCUAUCAAAACGGUAUUGUAGACAAAAUAACAAGUGACGUUCGUUGGGAAAUGCAACGUAGUUCUACAGGAAAACUUUUAUCGGCUGGUUCUGGGUCUUUGACAAUUACAUCAGCAGAAGAAAAGGGUUUAACAUUGGAGGACACUCAGGGCAUGUUUUUGCUGCUAGCAGCUGGAUUUCUCUUAGCAGCUGCAGCGUUAAUGUCGGAAUGGAUGGGUGGUAUCACACGAUAUUGCCGUUUAAGAAGAAAGCCAGAAGGUACCAACUCGCAAGAAAAACUGAUAACCACUCCGAAAUCAGAUAUCAAAACUGAAGAAAAUAUUGUUUAUGAUGCUGAUUGUGACAAACUGAAUAUUGAUCCAAGACCUUAUAGUGCUGAAUCUAGGAAUACGUUAGACGGUCAAAUAAUUAAUGUAACGCAAGAAAGUAUUACGGUACACGAGAAUUUUGAUGUUGAAAAAUUUGACUCGAGAAGGUCUAGUUCAGUUGACUUGGACAAAGAAGUACGAGAGAUAUUUGAGAAAGACAUGAAAAGAAGAAUUAUUGUACGGGGGGAUACGAUAGAGUUGAUGGACGACUCAAGAGAACCGACUGCGUCUAAGGGAGCAUUUGGUGAUCGAGUCAAGUAG